CCCACUGACAUUAACGCAUCUCAGGUGUUUAAGUUCUUAACGAGAUGUAUCGCAAAUUAAGACAACAGUGGCUGCUUAUACCAGUUUUAAUCAUGGUGAUGUUUAGUGGCUCUUUCCUUUUCAUGAAGAAUCAUCACGUUAAAGUGUAUUAUGUUAGGACUACGGUGAGAACAACGGAAAUGUCGAUUUCGGUACUACCGGUGAAACAUGUGACAAAGUCUUUAGCACAGUUGGGCAAAAUGGACGAGAUUAAUAAAUUUGUGUUGUUUUUGAAUCAAGUUCCGAACUGUGGAGCAGAAGUCCUGAUUUUUUUGUUGCAAAAAAUGCAAGGACCGAACAGUUAUAGGCAUGUGAGGUUGAAGGGUGGUACUAUGGGAAAGCUCGACAAAAUCGAACAGGAGGAAUUUGUCGAUGGAGUUUACACAGUGAUGAGAGAAGAAGCCGUGCCAUUAAGCUUUGAUCGACAAAUGUACUUCGUCAAUUAUACUCUGUUUGACAAGCAAUCACCGACAUACAUCAAUUUAAUUAGAGAACCAGCCGAUAAGGCUUUGUCGAGGUCAUUCUACCAUAAAAAAGAUAAGAGUGAUAAGAACGAUCUUGUCUACUGUCUUAUCAGAGGGAAGUCGAAUUGCACAACUGCACGACUCGACCCUGAGAAACUCACAGUUCCGUAUUUUUGUGGACACGAUCCUAAAUGUUUUUUGAACGACCAAUGGUCUCUACAAACCGCGAAACGGAACGUGGAGAGAUAUUACCCCGUGGUGGGAGUUUUGGAAGAAAUGAACACAACUUUGGACGUAUUUGAACAUAAAAUCCCAUAUUUUUUCAAAGGGGUUCAAAACGUGUACAAAAAGAAAAUGAUCGGUCCCUUUACCAGUAAAAAAACUCGGCAGCUCAGACCGAAAAUCCGGAAGCACCUACAACGAAUCUUGGCAAAGGAAUAUGACUUUUACAAUUGGGUCAAGCGGCGCCUAUUUAAGCAAUUACAAAUGCUCUACGGCGACCACCACUCACACUAGGUGCCAAUAACGUAAAAUAAAACCAUACCAAAGACUGUACAAUCAAUUUAUUAUAAUUACACUUAUCCAUCGACAAAAUGCAUUAACAGUGCAAGCUUGAGUAGAAAAAAAUCAUGUUGACAUAUAAAUAAACCAUGACACAAAUGGUCA